UGUCGUGAAUCCUCCGUUCUGAUAUCACUGCGGCGCGGUGUGUCCCUCCGCGGAUCCCGUAGGAGAGUAAAAACAUGGCGUCUGACGGCGGCGGCGAGGAGGACUUCGUGACUUACGGGACUCCUCUGGAGCCUCUGGAGGAAGACGAGCCGCUGAAGAAGCCCGUCCCGCUGCACGAGCAGACCGUCAAAGAUGAGAAGGGGCGGUACCAGAGGUUCCACGGCGCCUUCACCGGCGGCUUCUCCGCCGGAUACUUCAACACCGUCGGGUCCAAAGAAGGCUGGGCGCCGUCUACGUUUGUGUCGUCACGGCAACAGAAAGCAGAGAAGCCUCAUGCCAGGCCGGAGGACUUCAUGGAUGAGGAGGAUUUCGGCGAGCACGGCAUCGCACCGCGACAGAUCACGACCAGCCGCGAGUUCUCGUCGGGACGCAGAGACGAGGCGGCGGACAAGGCGAGAGCGGUCGGCGCUCAGGCCUCCCUGAUCCCCGGGGAUCUGCUGCUGGAGGAGCUCAUCACACCUGCCAGGUCGUCCAUCGGGGUGGAGCUCCUGAGGAGGAUGGGCUGGCGGGAAGGCCAGGGCGUCGGGCCGCGUGUGAAGCGGAAAGCGCGUAAACAGCAAGCAGACGAUGGAGCCAGAGUCUAUGGCUGUGCGCUGCCCCCUGCUGGUUCGGAGGAGGAUGAAGAGGAGGAGGAGGAGUUUGCUCCAGAAAACGUGACGUACGCUCCGAAGGACGUGACGCCAAUGGACUUCACUCCGAAGUCUGGGCUCCAGGGUCUGGGGUACCGGGGUCUGGACCCGGGGCUGGCGCUGCAGGGCAGCGGGGCGGCCCAACACAUCGAACUGUUUGAUCCCCAGGGGGGUCGUUUGUUUGGAGACUCCCAGCGCGGCUCACGAAGACGAGGCGUCGCCGGACAGGCCUUCGGCGUGGGCGCUCUAGAGGACGACGACGAGGACAUUUACCACAGAGACUCCAUGUCCAGAUACGACACGGUUCUGGGGGGGGAGGAGCCUGGAGACGGCCUGUACGGCUGGACGGCGCCUCAGCAGUACAGCGACAAGAAAGACAGGAGCAGAGACGCCUCCUACCUCGGGAAGAUCCUGGAAGGCUUCACUCUGGCCCAAAACCCCCUGGAGGAGAAGCAGGUGUUCCCGCCCCCCACGCUGCCGCGAGGUUAUCGUCCGGUUCAUCACUUCCGCCCUAAAGUGGACGUCCUGAGGCUCUCUGGGGUCAGCCCGGCGCUGGCGGAGGCCCUGAAGACCUCCAAGGGUCACAUGGUGAAGGAAGAGCCGCAGCAGGGGGGGCGCCACCAGCUGGUCUCCGGUCAGAGGGGGGCACUGCUGGGGGAGGACACCCUUCAAGGUCCCAGGUCGGUCAUGGAUCUGCUGAAACCCGAGGACAAAGAGCGUCUGCUCCGCCUGCGCAGCUCCACCCAGCCCGCCUCCAGCCCCGCCCCCCCCACACAGACUCCACCCACCACAAGCCCAGUUCCAUCUGCUUUAACUCCUCUUUGGACGCCGUCCUCCGUGCAGCAGGAGGCGCAGGCGGCAUGGAGGGGGACGCAGCCCUCCUCCCAGACCUUCAGGCCCUUCGAUAAGAACCCCAGCAAGCAGGCGCGCUACGACCUGUACCUGAGCCGGCUCCGACAGGGGGACAGAGACGCUGUGGAGCAGAGUCUGGACCCCUGCAUGACGGAGUGGGAGCGCAGCAGGGAGCGGGACGAGUUUGUGCGAGCCUCCAUCCUGUACCGGCCCGCCUCCACCUCGCUGUCGUCGCGCUUCACCCGCGGCAAAAACCAGGAGGACGAGGACACCGUGGAGGUCGCCCGCGACCAGGAGGGCGACGUGGACGACAAGCAGGCCGCCGUCAAGAUGAAGAUGUUUGGAAAAAUGACCAGAGAGACGUUCGAGUGGCAUCCCGACAAACUGCUGUGCAAACGGUUCAACGUCCCCGACCCCUACACCGGGUCCGGUCUGGUCGGCCUGCCGAAGGUGAAGAGAGACAAGUUCUCCGUCUUCAACUUCCUGGCGGUGACGGAGAGCCGAGAGCCGAAAGCGCCUCCAAAGCCUCCGGAUACGGAGAAGAAGUCCAGGUGGGACGUUUCCCAAUCGAAGGAGGCGGCGGAGAAGAAGGACGAUCUGAGUGAUCUGCUCAGCACUGGUAAGAACCACGCGGAGACCGGACCAGAACCAGAACCGAGUGACACGGCCGCCGCCACGAGCAGCAGAUCUGAGGAACCAACGGAUCAAGAAGGAUCAGAGAAGGGCGAUGAAGAGGAGAGCAGACCUCCCAUGGAUCUGUUCAAAGCUAUCUUUGCUAGUUCCUCUGAGGAGAAAUCCUCUUCAUCGGAGGCUGAGAGCAACGAUGAAGAGGAGGCGGAGGAGCGACAGGAAGAAGAGGUGAAAGUGGAAUCUGAACCUCUGAACCUGUUCUCCAUCAGCACCGGCGUCUCCUCCUCAGCAGCCACACCAGCCUGCCAACCUCCAGUUCCCUCCCAGACCAAGGAGGACGAGGAGGAGGAGGUGUUCGGGCCGAAGCUGCCGCCUCCUUCAGCCGUCGUCUACACAGGAGGAACCGCAGGUGUCUGCCCCCCCAGCCAGGAGGACAAACGCGUGAGGAAGAGGAGCAAAGAGAAGAAGCCGAAGAAGAGCAAACACAAAAAGGAAAAGAAGAAAAAGAAGCAGAAGAAGAAGAAAGGGAAGCAGAAGAAGAGCAGGAAGGAGUCCGAGAGCAGCUCCGACGACAGCGACCCAGACGUGUCCCCGGACCUGCUGCUGAAAAGACUGAAGAACAUCCGGUCCCAGCAGAGCCGCUGAUCCAGCAGAACCAUGUCCUCCGUGAGGACCACAGCCAGAACAUCCCAGCGUACAAAGCCUCCAAUAAAAGCCUUCUGCAUCAC